GUGAACCGAGAGGACAAGUGUCAAGUCAGACACUGCUUCUUCUACCGUCCGUGGAGCUUUAUUCCAGGAUUUCUAUCGAUGGAUAAUAAGGAGGCAACACGCACCUGCGGCCAGUGCCACAAAGAGGUUGCAGAGGCCAAUUUCUCUCUGCAUGAAACGCACUGCAGUCGCUUCUUAUGUCUCUGCCCUGACUGUGAUGAACCAGUUCCCAAAGAGCAACUGAACCAACACAGAGAGGAAGAGCACUCUCAGGUGAGAUGCUCCAAGUGUCACCAGAAGAUGCAGCGUUGUCAACUAAUGGAUCAUGAGUCUCAUGAGUGUGUGGAGCGUCUGCAGACCUGUCAGUUCUGUGAGCUGGAGAUGCCGUGGAAGGAGCUGGAUGGACAUUGUGUGGUCUGUGGGAGUCGCACCAAUCUCUGCAGGGACUGCAACCGCUACGUUAAACUGAGGGACCAGCCAGAGCACAGCUUGACCUGCUCGGCUACUGAUAACGGCUCGGGUCCUCCUCAAACUACCAGCAUUCCACCAAAUAAGAUUAAAUGUACAGGAUGUAUGGCCUCAUUUCCAGCUGAGGAUAUAGAGAAACAUAAGCAAGAGUGUGUGCCAGCACCCAGGUGGGACUACUAUAAGGAGGUUGAGCCAAAGGAGGAAGAGCUAAGCAGCACCUUUAAGGACAGACUUCACAGUGGUCCCUGGGAUGAUGGAGGAGAUCCCACCCAGAUCAGUACCUGCCCCCACUGUCAUCUGGCCCUGCCCCUCUUCGUACUACGUUGGCAUGAGGCAAAAUGCAAAAUCUACAUUUGCCUGAAAUAAAGAGAGAACUCCUCAGGAGGGAUAUGCUGCUUCAGAGGUCUCUGUUCAAAAGGUCAUUAGCAAAGGAUGAGUAUUUGGGUUGUUGAAAUGUAAUUUCAUUAUUGGCUUGUUAUAAGUUUUAGUUUAGUUUGUGUUUACAUGUCCUGCAUGAAGAGAAGAAUACACCUCAAAAGAAUUUGAGGUAUAUUGUACAUCUUGGUGAAAUGUAAUUUAUCAAAAGUUUUAACUGUUCGUUAACAGUGUUUUGACCAAGUGAUCAUAUUCCAUAUUACCUCUUUUACUCUUCAGUCUAGUAAAAUGGGUCAUAUGUUGAUCAGUUGGUUUCAAUAGCUGCACAGCAGUUACACCUGAGAGUUACUUGGCAUAGUUUUGUUGGCAACUAUCUCCUUUUCACAGGACACUUACUGCAGGUUCCAUUAAGUGAAGUAUGGAGAUACUUUAUUAAUUUGAUUAACCCGUGCAUUGAACAACACAGAUAAAAGAUAAUAAAUUCUUCCUCAGCUCAUUUUUUUUAAAUAAAAAAUGAGCUGAGGGUUUUGUAUAUGUACAUUUUUCAUCAGGGAGUCAGACAAAUUAAUAACAGUGGAACCAUACAACUCUCACAGUGAAGACCUUAGAAUAAACUGAAGAAAACAACUUGCAGCAGUUCACCAUACCAAAGAGAAACGUACUCACACAUAUUUUGAACUGAAUUUUAUAUCACUCCAUUUUUAAUAAUAGGUAGAAAUAAUAGGUAUAUGUAAACCUUUGUUGUUGCUGACUCUCAGAAGUUAUGUAUGAUAAUGGGCUCCCUGUGCUGUGCGCAGAUGACCUCAUCAAUGUAGAGAGAGCUGGCCUUACACUCAAUGUUUUCCUGCAGCUCCAGCUGGCAGCGAACAAGAGCCCUCUGCUGCUCUUCUGACUGGGCCACUGCCUCACGCAGCCUGAAAGCACAGAGAUAAAGAGACGCCACUUAAUGAGUUGCCCUAAAGGGUUAGAUCUCUAAAAAAUAUAUCAGCUGAUAUGGGAAAAACAGUAGUACAAAACAGAAACAAUAUUGUUUUUUGAAGAGUUGUGACAUCUAUGGAAUCUAUCCAAAUCAGAUAUUAAAAAGAUGGCAGGUAAUUUAAUAUGUAAUUUUAAACAAGUAAUACAUAUAUUUCAUGGGUUUUGUUUUUCUGCUCAUAUUGGCGUUGUACAUAGUCUGUUGCACUCACUCACUUAAAAUUGACCUUUUUUAUUGUCAUAAUGUUUGACAUCUUCCCAUUUGUUGUGUGUGUGUGUGUGUGUGUGUGUGUGUGUGUGUGUGUGUGUGUGUAUAUGUAUAUAUAUAUAUAUAUAUUCUAGAUUCCUUGGUUAAAGCUUAUGUGAAACAGAAACGACAUGAUUAAACAUUUUUUGAAGUGAA